GCCCUUCAGUCAUUUCCCCUAGACCACUCCAGGAGGAAGUCCCUGGACAAUACCACGGAGUCCUGCCAGAUCUUCAAGUCAGAGAACCCAAACCUUGAAUGCUGAGCUUCAGAGAUUUUCACAUGUGUACAAAGUCUACAACUUCGUCACAUCUGAAAACAACUGAUGGAAACCCCGCUAACGAACGCUCCUUCCUGCAUUUGUGGCUCUGAAGCAUUCUCCCUGUCACUUGAGGAACAGAGGUGACUCUGCUUAAACUGCUGGGAAGAUGAAGCUGGCAGCUCCCACUGCAGGGCUGGGGCUGAUUCUGCUGGUGCUGGAAGCCAGGGAGACUCUGGGAGGGGCUCACUGUCUCUGCCUCAACUUCACUGUCAGAUCUCAGGCCUCACCUGGACAGUCCUGGUGUGAAGCCCAGGGCUCAGUGGAUGGAAAGCCUUUCCUUCAGUAUGACAGUGACAGCAGCAAGGCCACACCUGUGGGUCUGCUGGGGGAGAAGGUCAAGGCCACCAAAGCAUGGAGAGAAUUGUCCAAAACUCUAGAAGAAGUGGGGCGAGAGCUCAGGAUGGUCCUGCUUGUCACCAAACCAGAGAAAAGCCUGAGCGGGGGUUUUCCCAGCCUGCAGGCCCAGGUAUGCUGUCAGAUGGAAGCAGGACAGAACACCGGUGUAUCCUGGGAGUUCAGCAUCAAUGGACAGACAGCCCUCAUUGACAUGAUGACCAUGAACUGGACAGUCAUUGAUCCUGGAGCGAGAGGGAUCAAGGAGGAGUGGGAGAACACCAUAGACCUUUCUGUCUAUUUUCAUAGAGUCUCAACUGGAAUGUGUAGUAAUUGGCUUAAGGAAUUCUUGAAACACUGGGAAGAAAUACUGGAGUCUGCAGUUCCAAGAUUAAUGCUUCAUGAUGCCCCCCAGACAUCUUCAUCCACCCAAUUAGUAGCAUGGAUCCAUUCAAUGACCUUCAUCUGUUCAUUCCUAAUUACCAUCCUAUUAGAGAUAUAGAAAGUAUGUCCCGGUAUUUGUGACCUUAUUUAAGAUAAAUCACUACAGGGGGUCGAGUGGUGGCACAUCUGGUUGAGCACACAUGUUACAAUGUGCAAGAACCCAGGGUCUGAGUCCCCGGUCCUCACCUGCAGGGGGAAAGCUUUCACGAGUGGUGAAGCAGGGCUGUAGGUGUCUCUCUGUCUCUUCCUCUCUAUCCACCCUUACCUCUCAAUUUCUGGCUAUCUCUAUCCAAUAAAUAAAUAAAGAUUUAAAAAAAGAUAAAUCACUACAGCUAUCAUUAAGGUGAAGUCCAUUGUUUGGCACAGAGCAAAAGGAUUUCUGUAUUUUAUUUUUUAAAAGAUUUUAUUGAUUAAUGAGAAAGAUAAAAGGAAAAAGAGUAAGAAAAAGAUGUCACUCUGGUACAUGUGCUGCCAGGGACUAAACUCAGGACCUCAUGUUUGAGGUUCCAGUGUUUUAUCCAUUGUGCCACCUCUCAGAUCAUGGACUUGUGUCUUUAUAAGGGGAAUUUGGUCACAGACAAGGACAUGCUCAGUGUAUCAUAUUGAGAAGAUAAUGGAGACAGAGACUGAAAGGCUAUAGCCUCAGCCAUGGAAACAGAGGAUGUGUGAGUACUGCCAGUGCUGGGACAGCCUCAGAGGGAAGUGGAUCUACUGAUAAGCUGGAUUCUGGGCUUCAGCUUCACCUGCUCUGAGGUUGUGAUG